GCGCAUUGUCGGUCGUGCACGCGCGCGGUGCACGGACAGAGCGCGCAAACGUGAGGAGGAGGAGGAGGAGGAUGGUGAUGGUGAUGAUGAACGGGACGGGCUCGUACGGAGCGGGACGAACCGGGACGGGAUUCGACCCAAUCACCUUCGCCAAAAGACCACAGACCAUCCUGCGGUUCCUCGCCUGGAUCUUCUCCAUGGUGGUGUUCGGCUCAAUAGUAAACGAGGGCUACGUAAACAGGGGCAGCGAGCGGCUGCACUGCGUCUUCAAUAAAAACGAAGACGCCUGCAACUACGGCAUCAUCGUGGGUGUGCUGGCGUUUCUGGCGUGCCUGGGCUUUCUGGCCCUUGACAUCUACUUCCCUCAGAUCAGCAGCGUGAAGGAGCGCAGGAGAGCUGUGCUGCUGGAGAUGGCCUUCUCAGGACUUUGGUCGUUCCUGUGGUUUGUUGGAUUUUGCUUUCUGGCGAAUCAGUGGAGUCGAACCUCACCCAAAGUCCUGCCACUGGAGCAGGCUUCAGACGCGGCACGAGCCGCCAUUGCCUUCUCCUUCUUCUCCAUUCUUACCUGGGCGGCGCUAACGGUGGUCGCAGUGCAGAAAUUCCUGCUCGGGACAGACAUGACGCUAUUCACCUCCACCGAAGUCCCUAAGCAGCCCUAUCCGUCCAACGACGCCAUCCACCAGACCACCAUCGACAAGAGCCCCACGCUGAUUGAGACGGUGGAGACACGCCCACCCGGGUACCAGAUCCCGCCUGCUUUUUAAUCUCUCGUCCUGUGAGAAGAGAGUGGCUUAGUCCCCUACUGUUCGGUUCCGGUACUGUUUUCAGCGCAGGCUAGACGAUCUCUCCUUUACUCUCUACUUUACUUCCACGCUUACACAUCAUCAAAUAAACUAUUACACAAACAAAACAAAACAAAAAACAACACAACAUUCAUUCAUUUAUUGGAAAAAACAAAUAGCAAUCUACAGUAGUAACUUAUAACGGUAAAUAGAGAGGAAGCUAUGAUGCUACAUAGUGAGCUAGCUAUUUACAUUCAUAAUAAUCAGUGAACAAGUUUCCAUCAGGUCACUUGAAAACUCAAUGAUGAACUGAACGGACAACGAGUAAUUAGUAGUUUAGUACUUUUUAAGGGGAUCUGACUACUCUAUGGCACACGGUGUGGCCAAAAGUAUUGGGACACCAGACUUCUCCACCCAUAUGUGCUUCUUCCUCAAACUGUUACCACCAAGUGGUAUAUACCAUCGUAUAAGACGUCUUUGGCUCCGGUAGCAUGAAAUCUUCCCUUUCAUUAGAACUACAAGACCCAAACCUACUCCAGCACAACACAAAGUGCACAAAGCCAGCUCUGUGAAGAUCUGCUGUACAUGGGGGUGAUUAGAAGAUCUCCUGCUAUAGAGCUCCAACACUACUCAACAAUGAAUUUGGGAUGCUGACUGGCUGAAUUGGACUUGUGGCUGAAUUGGACUUGUGGCUGAAUUGGACUUGUGGCUGAAUCUCACACGAAUCUCCACAAAAUCAAGUGAAACAUCUUCCCAGAAAACUGGAGCUCUUUAUGAUGGGAACUUGAUGUGGAAUUGUCUUCUCAAAAAGAUUCACAUACCAAACUUAUGCUCAGGUGUCCACAAACUUUUGGCAAUACCAUGUAAUAUUCGAUUGAGGCAAAUAUUUUGUUGCAGUUAUAUAUGUAGCCUUAUAUACAGGUAUGAUCAUUUAAUUUUAUCACACACACACACACACACACACACACACACACACACACACACACACACACACACACACACGUCGUAGCAUGGGGAGGUCGACAAGUUAGCAUUUAAAGCAGUGCUGAACCGAUAUGCACGAGUAUUUUUACGUUUUUUUUCCCCUUUUUAGUUCUAAGGGCUUCUUUAAAGUUGAAAGUAUUAAAAAUGACUAAUUGUCUUGGAUUAAAUGAAAUCUUUUGUAAUAAUAAAUAAAAUCGUUUAUUAUUUCAAGCAAAACAAAGCAGCGUGAAUACGAAGUUAUGGAAAAGAAAGCUGCUAUUUUGGGAGUUUUUGUUAAAAAAAAGUUUCUAAGAGGUGAUAAAUGUGUUACGUUUAUUAUUAUUAUUAUUAUUAUUAUUAUUAUUAUUAUUAUUAUAUGAAUGCUAUGAAUUUGAAAUGAAAGUUUCACUUCCUGUAUUUAUUUCUAACUGUAUCGUACACUUGUAAAGCAAAUAUGAAAGUAUCUAAACCUUAUCACUACAUUAUUACAUCCAGAGAGAGAGAGAGAGAGAGAGAGAGAGUGUGUGUGUGUGUGUGUGUAUGAGCUGGAGGGGCAGAGCUAUAGCCAUUACACACUACAUGUGUGUAAAAAAAGGGUCCUAAUGAGAGCAUCUAUGAGUGUGUGUGUGUGUGUGUGUGUGUCCCUUGGUCUCACUGCAUGAUAAAAUAAAGCGUAGAAAUUCCUACUUCCUAUAAAAAUCCUGUUUUAGCAUUUAGAGAGGAGAAGAAAUGUGUUCAGUGAAUCUCUGACUGAAUUAAACACUCUUUCUGCAAGCA